AAACACGAUGCUCUGAAAUGGAGUUAAUGCACUAAGCACUCGUUUUCGCUUUUCGGCAUAUCUUAGACGUGGUUGUUGGAACGGUGGAAAAUUAGUUCACCAUGUAUUUUGUCAUUUGCUUGACGAUUUUGCUAGUAGAGGCUGGUUUAUUUGCGGUUUCCGCAGAAUCCGCAGUUGCUCAGGCUUUUAUGAAUGACAAAAUAGUGCGUAACAUUGUAGUUAAGCCACCGACCGAUCUUAUUACAGUGAAGUACUUAGACAGAUCGAUAUAUCUAGGAACUACGGUAGAACCACUGACGACGUUGAACCAACCGGAGGUGUCCUACGAAGCAAAUGAUGCCGAUCUUUACACGCUUUUAUUUUUCGGGCCAGACUUACCACCUUCCUUUGUGCCACCUUUAACACAAUUGAUCCAUUGGGGUGUUGCGAACAUUCCCGGUCAAGACAUCAGCAAGGGGGUAGCGUUUUCAACAUACUUCCCUCCAGUACCCUACCCUGAUGGGUUUCCAUACAUUUUCCUUCUCUUCAAGCAAAAUGGACCAAUAGAUCCAAGUCAACUUCCAAAUCUGAGUCCUAUUCUCAGUCGGCCGCAAUUCUCUUACACCAAAUUUGCCGCGAAGUUUAAUCUAGGCGAUCCAAUAGCUGGAAACUUUAUGCGCGAAUCCUAUUUACAGAUUAUUCCCGAGGCACUUCAAGAGCUAUAUGAACUUCAGGCCACGAUUUUGGCUAAGAAGCCUAGUAUAUUUAAAUAAGUAGGUACUUAUUAUACUACAUACCAGACUACUGCAGUACUAGGUACCUAACAGAAUUCUGUUGAGGUAUGAGGGUUUACUUUUUCAAACUGUUAAAUGUACCUCCUGUAACUGUUCUUUUAUUUAAUUAUUUGUUAAUUGCAUUUUUAUUAAAGAAUAUAAUAAGUAUAUAAAGAAGCGUU